AUGCCCCCGUUGGGUGGAUGGAUCGCAGCCAAGGCAAGGGUGUCUUCCAGUAACUUGCUUGUCGUCGUCACCUGCUCAGGCGACGUCGAGCCAGCCAGAAAGCCCGGUGCUGCCCGCUAUCCGAACCAGACGGCCGGCCAGGAGGAGGCUCGGACCGGCGCCCGCCCGCCUACCAAGCGCCGCUCGGGGCUGGGGAUCGCACUUCUCCCCCUCCGCCGCCCGGCCCGGUUGCCCGAUGCCCCCGGGGCGGCCGCCACCCCGAUGCCCGACGGCCGGGUUCUCCUGGUGGGGAACUGCACCCCUUUCCUCUUCUUCUCGGAGUUCAAGGGCGCCGACCGCGAGGCGCUCACGGGCCUGGAGACUGCGGUGCUGGGGCUGAUCUUCCUGCUGGCGCUGGCGGCCAACGCGUGCGGCAUCGCCCUGCUGGCCCGCCGCAAGAGCCGCCUGCGCGCCUCGGCCUGCCUGGUGCUCAACCUCUUCUGCGCCGACGUGCUCUUCAGCAGCGCCAUCCCCUUCAUCCUGGUGGUGCGCUGGACCGAGAGCUGGACGCUGGGCGAGGCCGCCUGCCACCUCCUCUUCUACGCCAUGAGCCUCAGCGGCAGCGUCACCAUCCUCUCGCUGGCCGCCGUCAGCCUGGAGCGCGUGGUCAGCAUCGUGCGCCUCCGGCCCUUGCAGCCCUGCCGGGGCCGGGUGAUGGCUGCCGUCCUCCUCGCCAUCUGGGCCUUCUCGGCUCUGGCCACCCUCCCGCUCUGCCUCUUCUUCACCGUCGUGCCCGUGCGCCACAAUGGCCAGGAAGCAUUCAUUUGCACCCUGAUGUGGCCCAGCACUGCUGGAGAAAUUGCUUGGGAUGUCUGUUUUACUGCUGUCGUCUUCCUGAUACCAGGACUGGUAAUCGUAAUCAGUUACUCAAAGAUUUUACAGAUUACAAAAGAAUCGAGGAGACGUCUCAGUGCCGGCAUGGCCUAUUCAAAGAGAAACCACAUCCAAGUUUCCCGACAAGACUUCAGACUGUUGCGGACUCUCUUUGUGCUGAUGAUCUCUUUCUUCGUCAUGUGGAGCCCAAUAAUCAUCACCAUUCUCCUCAUUUUGGUACAGAGAUUUGAUCCCGAUGUGGGCCUUUUGCCUUCUGUUUUCUUCUGGAUCAUGGCCUUCACUUUUGCAAAUUCAGUGGUUAACCCUGUUUUAUAUAAUGUAGUCCACUUCAAGCGGGAGUGGAGGCGAGCCUUUUUCUGUUGUCCACACCCACCUGGAGGAAGAGAGACUGCAACAGAGACAACUCCCAGACACAAUAACCAUGGACCUCCUACUUUGUCUGUUAUUUCCAGAUAGUGUGUUGUUUCUGAUGACGAGAGUCGCCUGCUCCAGGUUGGG